AGCGUGGCUGUUCCGCCCCCAAUCGGCAGCCAGCUUGCCUCCUCAGCGCGGGCCCAGCCCGAUGUAGGCGGGUGGCUGGUCCAGAGGGCACUAGCCGAGGCGAAGCUCCUACUGUCCUGUCUGUCGCUUUGCAGGUGGGCACGGACAGCCGGCAGGCAGGUGCAAGGGCGUCGAGCCGUGGAAAGGCCGCGCCGCCAAGGGACUUGGCGGGUCCCGGGCUGGCUGCCCCAGCUUUUGGCCGAGGGCGCUGAUGAUGCUGCGACACCUGGGAGGAGGGAUAGUGGAGGAGGCAGCGGUCGCGGCCAGACGGGCCACCCAGCAGCGGGAGGACCAGUGGGAGGGACAAGCCGCUGGAGGCGACGCGGCCUUGGGAGGCAUGGAUGUGAAGGACGAUGGCCUUUAGGUUUUGCCUAGAGCUGACCCUCGCCGCCUAUUUUGUGUCCUCUCACACCCACAACCCUGUGAGGCAUACCGCUGUGAGACCCUGAGCCUUUUCCAGGCUGGCCCUCUAAGGCUGAGGCGGUGCUAUGCACCCGCUCUUGGUGCAUGGCUGGAACCGUGCUUGGGGGCAGUUCUCAGUUUGGAUAGCAGGACGGGACAGGUCACACGCUGGCUCUCAAGGCUUCAAUACACCCCAGAAGGCCACUUCAGAAGCAAGGUCUGUCGUCUUCCUCUGACCAUCUUGUUCACUGCCCCAGCUGAAUGGGGCUGAGUUUGUCUGUUUUCUCUCCCUGAGAGUAAGUUGGGAGGCCACAGGCCAGGGCUGCCUCCUGUCUACAACGGAUUCCAAGUUGGUUCACGGUCCAGAUGGCUGCCAAGUCCUGCUCCGGGCCUCCGGGAUAUGUUCAAUUGGUCCUUGUCUGGUCCGCUGGUCUCAGCUCUGCUACCCCAUCAGAAAUCAAGAAGCCACACACCCUGGUGCACUCUCAGCAUAUUGUCAUUCCAGGGCGAGAUGCCUCUGACCUUCCAGGAUGUGGCUGUGUACUUCUCCAGGGCGGAAGGGCAGCAGCUGGGCCCCCAGGAACGGGCGCUGUACCGGGAUGUGAUGUUGGAGAACUAUGGGAACGUGGCCUCACUGGGAUUUCCAGUCCCUAAGCCAGAGCUGAUCUCCCAGCUGGAACAAGAGGAGGAGCUGUGGGUCCUGGAUCUUCUGGGGGCUGAAGAACCAGAAGUCUUAAGACAUUGCCAGACAGAUUCUGAGACCGAAAAGGAGCUAUCCAUUUUAAACCAGGAAUGUUUUGAAGAAGUAAAAACACCAGAAUCAAUAUCUCAGAAAUUCCCAAGGGCUAAUUCACCCACACCUGAAUUCCAGGAAGCUUGGGACCAUGAAGGUCAGGGAGAAGGGAACCAAGGAAGUUCUUCUCAGAGUUUGAAGAGAGUUGCUAGAGAGGACUCUCCAGUAUGUAGGGAACAACUUCCAGAAAAUGCCCAGACUCCUGCAUUUGAUAGACACCUGAAUGCAAGCCAAAGUGUUGUUACAAUUCAAAGAAACAAAACAGGACAGAGAGUUUUUAAAUGUGAUAUAUGCAAUAAAACAUUUAAAUAUAAUUCAGACCUAAGUCGGCAUCGAAGAAGUCACACUGGGGAAAAGCCUUAUGAAUGUGGUCCAUGUGGGCGAGCCUUUACUCACAACUCAAAUCUUAUUCUUCACCAGCGAAUUCACACUGGGAAUAAACCAUUUAAGUGUGACGAAUGUGGGAAAACUUUUGGGCUCAAUUCCUAUCUCCGUCUGCAUCAGAGAAUCCACACUGGAGAAAAGCCUUUUGGGUGUAAUGAAUGUGGGAAGGCCUUCAGUAGAAGCUCAAGUCUUAUCCAGCAUCGCAUAAUCCACACAGGAGAGAAGCCUUACAAGUGUAAUGAAUGUGGGAAAGCCUUCAGCCAGAGUCCUCAGUUAACCCAGCACCAGAGGGUUCACACCGGAGAGAAGCCCCAUGGCUGCAGUUGGUGUGGAAAGGCUUUCAGUCGAAACGCAAGCCUUAUUCAGCACCAGAGGAUCCACACCGGAGAGAAGCCCCACAAGUGCAGUCAGUGUGGGAAAGCCUUCAGCCAGAGCUCUAGCCUUUUUCUUCACCACAGGGUACACACUGGAGAGAAACCCUACGUGUGUAGUGAAUGCGGCAGGGCCUUUGGCUUCAAUUCUCAUCUUACCGAGCACGUGAGGAUUCACACUGGGGAGAAGCCCUAUGUGUGUAGUGAGUGUGGCAAAGCCUUCAGCCGCAGCUCCACCCUGAUGCAGCACCGCAGAGUACAUACAGGGGAGAAGCCCUAUCAGUGCACUGAGUGUGGGAAGGCCUUCAUCCAGAGUUCCCAGCUCACCCUACACCAACGUGUUCACACUGGGGAGAAGCCUUAUGAAUGUGGUCUCUGUGGGAAGGCCUUCAGCCGGAGAUCAGCCCUCACUCAGCAUCAACGGAUUCACAUGGCAGAGAACCCACGGGAAUUUGAGUGUGGCCCAGAUUUUGUUUAUGACUCUAGCCAUCUGCCCACUGGAGAGAGACAUGGCAGGGCCUUCAGCCACAGUGCAAAACUUGUUCUCCAGUGGACAAUUCGAAGUGAUGAAAAAUCCCGGGGAUGUAAUGAAUGUGGGAAAACUUUCAGCACUUCCUCACAAUCCAUGGAAUAUCAGAAAAUUCAAGCUGGGGAGAAGCCCUAUAAACGCCAGGAAUGUGGUAAAGCUGGUAGUGGAGUGUCAUCCCAUUCUCAACAUCAUGUAACUCGAGUUGGAGAGAAACCACAAUUGAAUGAUGGAUCUGAAAGAUACUUAAUUCAUAUCAAAAAGAUUUUUCAAGAAAGACAUUUUUAAUGUGAUAAAUGUGGGAAACAGUUUAGAAACUUUGUUUUAUAUUAGGCAGGAUGGCAUAAUGAAAAUUAAAUCUACUUUUACUAACAGACUUGCAUGUUAGGAGGCUGGGGCCCAUUUGUCUCCACCCACCCCACUCCCCAUGUCCAGGGUCCUGACUGACUCAGCACAGCAGGCUACCUUAGCAUCAGUCAAGUUCAGGUUUUUACAAGAGGGCUAAGUUUCAACUCUAAAGAGCAGCUGAUGGAAUGUUUCAAGAUAUGACAUAACGCUUCAUUGGUUAUCAUAAAAGAGAAACCCAGAGAUCUAGGGGAUUGGAUUUGUUACCUUUGAGAGGAUUGAUGAUGCUAAGGAUAAGAUGUGGCCACAAAUGGCAA